UUAAUAUAAUAUUCUUCCUUGCUACAAUGAGCAGUUUUUUGGGGCUCUUCAUGGAUUCAUAGGGUCAUGGCAAGAACACCAAAAAGAAGGGAUUCAUUUCAACUGAGAUUUUCAAAGGAAAAUGACUGAAGACAAGCCUAAGGGAGUUUGGCACCUAACUAAAUCACGUGACUUGGAACCCAGGGGAAGGCAAAGCCCUGGAGCACUGAAUCCUCGGCAAUCUGGCAGCGAAGCGUCUAUAACGUGGGAGCAACCCGGAUUGCCUGUUCCUGUGCUGUGGAUCGAUAAGACUUGGUUAGCUUCAGUGUAAGCGUAUUUCCUCCACAGACUUCAAAGCUGCCUUCACAGCAUUAUCCUCAUGUCACCGGUGGACAAAACUGGCACACGGAGGAGGGAGCUCUUUGUAGUUAGAGGAUUUGAGUGGAGGAAUUGGACUCCCCUUCCAGAAAGGAAGGAGAGUCUAGUGGUGGGGGGUUUAGCCUGGAGCGCAAAAUAGCGACUUGUCUAAGGUCAUACAGGGCAGCAUGUGUCUUCCUCUGCUUCCAUACCUCAUUUAUAAAGCCAAGAUCAUCAACACAUUCCCCUAUGACAGGAGUUUUUGGAGGAUGCCCAUGUUAAAGCUUAUGAGAUAUCCAGAGGCUAUAGUAAGGGAGGCCACAAAGAGAGACAGAGUGCAGAUUGGCACCCGGGCUUCUACCUUUGCCUUGGUUUCUCUAUGGCAUCCUUCACCACAGUAGCUAAGCACAAAACUGUUCCCUCCCUGCAACUGGGCAAAGGACUUCAGCUCCCAGGGCUGCCAGUCUGACUCCUCUCACCAAGAGGUGAAGACAAAUUCUUAGUGUUAUAUGAGAUCUUUGGUAUGUAACUUCUGUACCUUGGAUGCUGCUAGUAAAUACCAAGGAGAAAUAUUUCUGCAAUAUAUCUGCAUGCUGAGAUUGGCUGAUGACCGACAGGCAAGGGCUUGCACCCUCCGGGCAGCUCUGAUCUAUCUCAUCCUGCCGGCACAUAGGUCAGAGCGGCUCCAUCUCUGAAGAACUCAUCUUCGUCCCUCAAAGAUUCCUUGAUGUUCAACACAAUGCACUGGUUUGCUAUCCUGAUACUGGCUGGGAUCUGCGGGGUCUCACAGGCCCAGUAUUAUUAUGAGGACGAACUAUGGAUGCAGUAUUUACUUCGGCAAGCCCGGGUACCUUCUUAUAACUACGUGCCCUACUACGAGGAUGAGAGCCCCCCGUACUAUUAUGCUCCAGGGGAAAUGUCCGUAGCAGAACCUGCCCCUGAGCCUGUGCAGCCUGUUUCCAGGCAGUGCCCCCAAGAAUGCGACUGUCCACCCAACCUCCCGUCCGCAAUGUACUGUGACGGUCGCAACCUGAGGUAUCUUCCCUUCGUGCCUUCCAGGAUGAAGUACGUCUACUUCCAGAACAACCAGAUCACCUCCAUCCAAGAGGCAGCAUUUGACAAUGCCACAAACUUGGAAUGGAUCGCGCUGCAUGGCAACCAGAUAAGCAGCGAGAAGAUGGGCAAGAAGAUCUUUGCCAAGCUCAAGAACCUGGAGAGGUUAUAUCUGAACAACAACAACCUGACCAAGAUGCCCGGCCCCCUGCCUAGGUCCCUGAGAGAGCUCCACCUGGCUUACAAUCAGAUCAGCAAGAUCCCAGCCAAUGCUCUGGAAGGCUUGGAGAACCUCACCGCUCUGUACCUCAGUCACAACUACAUCUAUGAAAUAGCAGCAUCCUUCAAGGGGUUAAAGUCCUUGAUCCUGGUUGAUCUGAGCUACAACCACCUCAGAAAGGUCCCAGAUGGUCUCCCGAUUGCUCUGGAACAGCUCUACCUAGAUUAUAACUACAUCAACACGAUCCCAGAUGAGUACUUCAAGGUGUCCCCCAAACUGCUCUACGUCCGCCUGGCCCACAACACCCUGACGAACGAGGGACUCGCUUCUAAUGCCUUCAACAGCAGCAGCAUUCUCGAGCUGGAUCUGUCUUACAACAGGUUCCAGAAGAUCCCCCGGGUUAGCACCCAACUCGAGAACCUCUACCUUCAAGGGAACCAAAUCAAUGAAUUCUCCAUCAGCAGCUUCUGCACAGUCGUGGAUGUCAUGAACUUUUCCAGGCUCCAGGUCUUGCGACUGGAUGGGAACGAGAUCCAGCGCAACGCGAUGCCCCCAGAUGCACCACUCUGCCUGCGGCGGGCUAACGUCAUCGAGAUUUAACCCCAAGCCCUGGAUCCCUGGCCUCUCCCCUGUCCUCAGGGCAAUGCCACACCAGAUCCAGUGACCCAUGCUGGGGGAAGGCCUUCAGUCUCAUUUUAACGCUGCUUGAUGGUUUGAUUUGGCUUCUGCAAUAGCAUAAUAUGGGUGUCAAUAGCAGCCUACGCAGGGUUCCUCCUCUGCUCUGGAGGGUUGAUUCAUUGACUGCGCUCACUGGGUGCUGCCCCUUCUAGUCUAAUUGGGUGCCAUCAGUAUGGGGCGAGGUCUCCACUUUGUCCUGUAAAACCCCAAUGGUUCUCUUACUAACUGAACAACCAGUUCUCUUAGUUCUCAACCUUGUCUUUCUGCACCUGUCUCCCACUGGCACAACUGGGUUGUAUGGAGUAGGAUUCCUGGUGGCCCAUUUCAACGCACCUUGGAAAGUUGGGUUCCAGCUGGGAUGGCUUUGGCGCUUAUGGUCUGCACAGGAGGGACUCUGAGAGGAUAGGAUUAAACCCUAUUUUAAGAAAAGGAGUAGUGCAGAAAAGCAGAACAGGGAAGCAAGGGUCAUCCACAGAGAGAUUGAAAGUAUAAUCCCGUCAACUGCAAGUGAGAAUCAUCCCCACUGUUUUUAACAAUCCAGGCCCAGUCACCACUCCUCAUCUCAGCAACAGUGGUGCAAAAUCAGUAACCCCCGCUCCCCACUGUGGUGAAACUCGUAGGAUUAUAAAACCUUCCUGCUUCUGCACACAGGCCAGUGAUUUAACUGGUUGGUCUGGGGGAAAAAAAACUACCCUUAGAGAUAGGUCACACAAGAAUUGCCCAUGGAGGUUUCUUUCAUCUUCUUGAAGCAGCUAGUGCUGGCCUUGAUCAGAAGCAGAAUACAGAAUUGGAUGGAAAUGCUGGGCUGAUCUGCUGAUCUGAUAUAAUCCUCCCUAUUGAACGGUCCCCAUCAUCUUGCCUUAUUGCAUUUGAUAACACCCAUCACCCCAGCAUCUGCCUGUUUCUGUCACCAUGGGAAAUCAGCCCUUCAUCUCCUGUACUAAUAUUUGAUUCACAGAUGCAAACACCCGUGGAGGGAAGGGCAGAAGAAGUGGACGUGGCUAAACAGCUGUGUUUGGCUGCAUUUAUGGAUGCUUGCUUUUUGGUUGUAGCUGUGUUGGUCUAAGGACAUAGGCAAGCAAGGUUUUUUGAGUAGAUGUGCUAUCUUUUAUUAGACUGAGUAGUUGAAAAAAGUUAUGGAUGCUUGAAACAGCAUUAGCCAGGGACUCGGGGGUGCAUGUGGGUCCACAUCUUUCACAUCCCACCUUGUCCUGCAAGGGAUGUUUAUAGGAUGAAUCAGAGUCCCUACAGAAGAGAUUUUUCCCCUUCCCCUGGGGCAGAGAGGAAGCAUGAGGCCACAGGAGCAUGCAUUUUCAGUUGCAUCGAGUCAAAGGCUUCUGGCUCAAUAUAACAGACUCCUGCAGUCGAGGCAGCAAGAUGGCAGAUCUUAGGCAGGCGCUGGCUGGAAGCAUCAUUCCAUAAGUGUCCUUUCCCACAUCAACUCCAUUCAACAUACUAGCUGGUAACAGGGGGAGACAGUGCUGUGGUUCUCGCUGGCAAGGAGAUGGUUUCUCAUUACUUUCUGCUCCACUGGACUCCAGCUUUACUAAUCACCGCUUUUAGCGCAUACAUCACAUUGUUCUUUCCAGCUGUCACUUGGCUGCAGGUAAAGAAUGCCACAGUUCAUGGGAGCAGCAUUCAGAGCCAGUUCCAACUAGAAAGCCACCUGCUUUGACACAAAAAUGCCAAGAGGGACUCACUGUAAUUCAGUGAAGUAGAGAUUUUACCACUCAGACAAACAGACUGACGCUCUGAAGCUGGGAGUGGCAGGCCUCUGGGUCUCCCCAUUCAGAUGCAGCAACUAAAUGAAAGGAGCUGCCCAAACUUGUCCUUAUUGCAAAAUCCCCCUGUUGCUUCCCAUGGUGGUGAUGUGCAUUCGUUAAGUAUUGCAGUGCCUGUCUGGCUGUAUCAUUGUUCGCUCUGAAUUUCUCCUGAGAAACCCCCCAGGGCAGACAGGCAGAUCUAAGCACCCCUCGUCUUUGGUUCAAAACUCCCUUUCCCCCCGCGGAGAGAACCGGGGUCUCAUUGCAAAAGGACUUGUGGCGGUGAAUUUGAAGUGCCAGGCACGGUUUACUGGACAUGUUAGUGAGAGAACAAGGGGUUGGGGAGCUUCCCGGGGAAAAUGGGAAGCUCAUUAAAGGGAAGUCAUCGAUACCCUCUGCAUUUAAACUGCAUGCUAACAAUAUAAAAUAAACCUGUACUAUCAUCAAAGCAUGAGCUGUAAUUAUCAUACUGAGCAAUAAAACCCUUUCUAUAAUUGCA